GGGGUUAUGUUCAACACCGGCGUUGGCCAACAUAUUCUGAAGAACCCUCUCAUAGUUAACAGCAUUAUUGACAAGGCUGCCAUACGGCCCACAGAUGUUGUGCUUGAGGUUGGUCCAGGAACAGGAAACAUGACUGUAAAGUUAUUAGAAAAAAUCAAAAAAGGUAACCAGUGUGUUAAAAUGUGAAGUUGGGCAGAAAUUAUUCUUAAACAGGAACUGAAUUCUGGGCGAUGUUCCUAAACAGAGACAGACUAAAGGAUAAAGAGGCUAAAGGACUAGUCACCAAUAUUUGCUGUUGUCUUCAUGCAGCUGAUCCUUCCAGAUCUCUUCUCCCUUUGUUUUCAAGCUACUUCUUCACAGACCCUUCUUUAGAUGUGCCGUUCUGAUGUUUCAAAGAGAGUUCGCCAUGCGACUUGUUGCCAAACCAGGAGACAAAUUGUACUGCAGACUUUCCAUUAACACCCAACUUCUGGCUCGCGUGGACCAUCUCAUGAAAGUGGGGAAGAACAAUUUCAAGCCACCUCCAAAAGUUGAGUCCAGUGUUGUCAGAAUAGAACCAAGGAAUCCUCCUCCACCCAUCAACUUUCAGGAAUGGGAUGGAUUAGUGAGAAUAGCCUUUGUAAGAAAAAACAAAACCCUUGGAGCAGCUUUUAAAUCCAGUGCAGUCCAGGAACUGUUAGAGAAGAAUUACAGAAUACAUUGUUCUCUUCACAAUGUUGUAAUUCCAGAAGACUUCAGCAUUUCUGAUAAAAUUGACAAGAUACUUGCAGACAAUGGAUUUAAUGAGAAGCGUGCCCGCUCCAUGGACAUAGAUGACUUCAUCAGGCUACUACACGGAUUUAAUGCAGAAGGAAUCCACUUCUCGUAA